AUGGCGAUCACUGCUAAGUGCCACAAGCUUCUGGAGGCUGAAAUCCUUCAGCGGUCGUCACAAAUUGUCUCGGUUGUCGAUAAUAAAGCAUACAUCUUUGGAGGAGAGCUGCGACCUCGUGAGCCUCGAGAUAAUCACGUGCACGCCGUGUCUUUGGACAUCGCCUCGAUAACUUCCCAGUCUCAAGCAGCCCAAUCCCCGUCCGCGCGCGUGGGAACAGCAUCUGCAAUCCUCAAUGGAAAAGUAUACCUAUUCUCCGGUCGAGGUGGAGUCGCAAUGGCCCCGAUCGAGGAACAAGGCGCGAUCUGGGAAUAUGAUCCUUCCACUUCAACCUGGUGUCUGAUUCAGCCCUCAACAACGAAGUCGGCGGCUAUCCCAGCUGCUCGCAGCUAUCAUUGCAUGGCCAGUGACGGCAGAGAUACACUUUACAUUCAUGCUGGAUGCCCUGAAUCGGGACGACUGGCAGACUUGUGGGCUUUCAGAGUCUCACGCAAAGAAUGGACCGAGCUUGCACCUGCUUUCGAUCCCCCUCGUGGUGGUACAUCGAUUGCGUUUGCGGAUGGAACAUUGUAUCGCAUGAAUGGAUUCGAUGGAAAGACUGAACAAGGUGGAAACCUGGACAUCUAUACUCCGGAGACAAACUCUUGGGAGACUCACGUGUAUGCACCUGAUGGAAAGGAAGGCCCAUCGCCACGGAGUGUUAGCGCCUUAUUGCCAGUCUCUGUCAAUGGCCGGUCUUGUCUGAUUAAUUUGUUCGGAGAGCGAGAUCCAAGUUCCUUGGGCCACCAGGGCGCGGGGAAGAUGUUGGGUGAUGUGUGGGCCUUUGAUAUUGAGAACAAGAAGUGGGAGCAAGUGGAGCUGCAGGGCGCUGAACUUCCAGUUGCCAGAGGUUGGUUUGAUGCUGAUAUUCAGGACUCCAGUGCCAUUAUCGUUCAUGGUGGACUGGGAGAGUCGAAUGAUCGACUCGGAGAUGUCUGGAGGGUUGAAUUUGCCUAG